GCCUAGACGUAGAAAAAGUAUUUUCAUGCUGUUCUGACAUGGCAGCUGAUUUGUUAGGGUGGUGUGUAGAGGAACUGGAGAAGCGUUUUGGACUGGGAGUCAGUGAAGACGUGGUUAAGUAUAUUCUAUCCAUUGACAAAGAAGAAGAGAUUGAUGAAUAUAUCAAUGACCUAGUACAGGCUCCAGAGGAUACAAAGUCUCUAUUUACACGUGAGCUGAAACUCAGAUGGCACAGAAUCAGGCAACCACCUGCUUCUCGCACCACUUCAGCAUUCCAAAGGAAAGAUGGAGCAGAAGUAUUCCAGACAGAUAAACUGUUGUUUGGAGAACAGGGUAAGCAAAGAAGGCGUAAAGGAAGAAACAAAAUGGAGCCUCUUCAAGCUGUAUAUCCUACAUCUAAUACUUCUGCUGAAGAAGUAAAGACACCCAUGGACUUGGCCAAGGCACAGGAAGUUGUGGGGUUGUCCUCCUCCAAGAAGAAACAAAAGUUUGUCAACUUGUACACCAAGGAGGGCCAGGACAGACUGACAGUGCUAAUCCCUGGACGCUACCCUUGCGAGUGCUUGGCUCAGAAGCACCGGCUUAUUAAUAACUGUAUGACAUGUGGCCGCAUUGUUUGUGAGCAGGAAGGCUCUGGGCCUUGUAUGUUCUGUGGAAGCUUGGUAUGUACAAAGGAAGAACUUGACAUUCUACAGCGAGACUCAAACAAAAGUCAAAAACUUCGUAAGAAGCUUUUAGGCUCUGAGUCUGCAAAAGACCUUCUCCCACAUCAGGAAAUCAAAAUGAAGGAAGGAUUAGAGAAAGCUCUGCAACAUCGAAAUAAACUUUUAGAGUAUGACAAGACUAGUGUGCGGCGGACCCAGGUGAUUGAUGACGAGUCUGAUUACUUCUCCACGGACUCAAACCAGUGGUUGUCUCAAACUGAAAGAGAAACCUUGCGAAAGAAGGAACAAGAGUUGCAAGAACUGCGUCAUGCCUCUCGCCUUUCUCGUAAAUUCACCAUUGACUUUGCAGGAAGGAAGGUCUUUGAGGAGGGAGAAGAUCUUAAGGAGUACAACAAGCUGUUGGAUGAGACUGUCCAGUCAAUUCAUUCUGGAACAGUAGUGUUUCCUUCAGGGAGCCCUGGAGAAAGAUCAAAUACUUCAUCUCUGGUAAAUCCAAGUCUACUACAGCCUUCACCAGUGUGGGUGGAUCAGGUUAGUUCAGGCUCAUACAAGAAGAAAGCUUCUUCAGAGGAGACAAAACCUUGUACUGAAAGAAACCGGCUGCGUAUACAGGACCGCGAACUACAAGAGAUCAGUGACCUAGGCAUGUGCUUAAGCAUGCACCAACCUUGGGCUUCUCUACUUGUUGCAGGCAUCAAACAGUAAGGGACAGCUAUAAUGUAUUUACCCAUAUGCUGUGACUAAAAUCCACUUUUUGCCAAUAAACUCCUCCUAUCCUAUUCUUUACUGCCCUUUGUUAGUAGUAAGAAGAAUCCUGUAGCCAAAAAAAGUAUUCAUGCCUGUAAAUAAUCAAUUUAUUUAGGGAAACUUGUACCUGAGCAAACUACUCAGACUCACUUCUUCAUAUUUGAAAUUGGUUGAAUCCAAACCGUGCACUCACAGGUCAGGCCUUUGUGUAUUCAAGUUUGCUAAAGAUUUCGUAAUCCUAUUGGAUAAGGAGUGUGUUAGACAUGGGCGCAGUCCUUUUCCAGUGACCUGUGACAUACCUCCAUGUGAUCUGAUUUUUAUAUAUUAUAUGAUCUGAUUGGUUGCGGGGAAAACAGUAGACUGUAUUUCCAUGUCAUGUGUUUCUUACUACAAAUUAUGUUGUAUUCCCUAUGCUUACAUGUUUUUCUACACAGGGUGGAGGGAAGGACAUGGUACAGUGCUCAUAGAGGCCGCUUGUGGAUAGCAGCUGCUUCAAAACGACCUUCCCCACAGGAAAUCUCUGAGCUGGAAACUUCCUACAGAGUGUUGCUUCAAAAAGACAUACACUUUCCGAAGGACUACCCUACUAGUUGUCUCCUGGGUUGUGUUGAUGUAAAUGACUGCGUUUCACAAGAGCAAUUUAAAGAACAGUAUCCCAAUCUGAACCAAGAAUCUGCCUCUCCAUUUAUAUUCAUCUGCAGCAAUCCCCAAGAAUUGCUAAUUAAAUUCCCCAUUAAAGGACAGCAUAAGAUCUGGAAACUUGACUCCAAAAUCCACCAGGGAGCCAAAAAAGGCUUAAUGGCCAGACAAGAGCAAGCCAGAUAAACCAAAGAAGAUAACCAAGAAAAAUUCACCCGAAACAUGUUGAUAAGGAGCCGUUAUUAAUUCUUGUCAUCCAGAGCACGGACAAUUAACUCUAUUAACAGUAAUAUAAAUCAUUGACUGUUAAAAUAAAAAAAUAAGAACAUUCUUUGGAAUUCAA